UCUAGGCAAAAACAAAACUAUGAGCGGGUCGCAAUUAUUCCCAGUUAAUCUAAGCAAUUUGACGGCCAAAGAGCGACACAAUUAUAUCCUCAAUAAUUACGUACUUAACUCUCCAGCAGAGGCGGAAUCCCGUCGCCACAAAAGGGAUAUCGAUGUGAUCCGGGAGAAUCACCGCUUCCUGUGGGAGGAUGAUGAGGUGGAAACCGAUUCCCUUAGCUGGGAGCAACGUUUGGCUCUCCGGUACUACAACAAACUGUUCAAGGAGUAUUGUAUAGCGGAUCUUUCUCGCUACAAGGAGAACAAAAUAGCUUUGCGGUGGCGAACAGAACAGGAGGUGGUCACCGGAAUUGGUCAGUUUCAGUGCGGCAGUCGGCAUUGUGGGGAGCGUGAGAGUUUGCGUAGCUGGGAGGUGAACUUCAAGUACAUCGAAAAAGGAGCCCCCCUUAAUGCCUUGGUUAAGGUGCGCCUUUGUCCCACGCACACGGAUCAGCUUAAUUAUCGUACCAAAAAGAAGGAGUACAAGAAGCAACGACGCAGGGAAAGGGAGGAACGAAAGGCCGAGCGGAAACGUAAACGGCGCAAGCUAAAAGAAGAGCAGGAAAGUUCCACAGAUAGCGAGGGGGAAGAUGUAACUCAAGAACCAGCUAGCGAGUCCUACCCAGAAACCAAUAACCCGACGACUGAAGAAACAACGACAGACGACCAAAUUUGGCUACAACAACCCGAUCUCGGUCAGGAGAAGACCACCAGAGAGCAGGAAUUUGAACGCUAUUUGGAGGAUCUCCUCUUUUAAAAUACAUAGCACAUUUAUUUGGAUUCAACGUAGACACUAGUGCUCUUUUUAUAGUUACUGGCCGCGAGAUGCGUUCGCUUACGAACUAGGAUGUACAUGUACACUCACAUUUAAAGGAUUAUUCACAAGAACUGCGUGUUAAAACCGACACCAAAUCUAAAGUUGAACUGGACAUUAAGGCUGUGACUUUGAUUGAUUGUUGGAAACAUUUACGAAUCGCUACAUUAUAUGCACUAGGUUCCUAGUUCAACCACAAUUUCUGUAUUCAUCGAGUGUGAAUCGGAGGUUACAAAAUACAUUUUCACCUUAUGUUUACGUGCGCUUCUGUGGUCAAAACAAAUUGUUUAAAUCCAGCCACUGAAGCCUUUCUAAAUAUAAAUCGCUCUAGAAUAA